UAUUGAGGAAAAGAACGUUAACGCGGACGAUGGCGUGAGUUUUUGCUUCAAAGAGGUUAGGCAAGGCUAUCGUCUCAACGUGAGCUUACUAGACCGUGUCGAUUCUUCGUCUGGACCUGAUUGCGUUCAUCACUGCCUGAAUCACCAAUGCUGUCGUUCUGCAAAUUACCGAAAAAACGAUGCCUGCAGUAACAACAACCAAACCAAAAACUGUGAACUGCUACAUUUUCUAGCAACAGAAAAUCCCGAGUAUCUUGAAAGGAACGAAAGCUACAACUAUUACAUCCUUCUUGAACCAGUUCGCCCUAGGAUUUGCAAAGAUGAUUUGUGCUUGAACGAAAUCUGUUCUCAUUCAACCUUAGGUUUAUGCACGAACCCCAAGCCAUUGGGAAUGCAAAGUGGCACCAUUCCUGAUUCAGCAGUCACAGCAUCAUCGUUUUUUCGCUAUGACUACAAACCAUACUUUGCAAGAUUGGAUAAGACAGGUGGUACUCAUUGUGCUUGGUCGCCAAUAAAUACAGCAAUGCAAGGCUCGUGGAUUCAAGUUAAUCUGAGAAAAAUGACAACUGUGACCGGAAUGACAACUCAAGGCCAAUGCUUUGACGGGGGAUAUGCGAAAUCCUCCUCGUUUUCAUACAGCAAUGAUGGUGAAAAUUGGAAUAUUUAUUACGAGUCAGGAAGUAUGAAGAUUUUUCAAUGGAGCAACAGUCCAAGUUCAACUACACACACAUUCAAAACACAUGUAAUAGCUCAGUACAUCCGUGUAAUGCCGGAAUCAUGGCAUCGCUAUCCUGCGUUGAGACUCGAGUUCUACGGUUGCUACUAAAUUUUUUACCGACCGGUUCAAAAACUCUUUUAUUGUUAACAGUUGCCUAAAUAAAUAAUUAAAUUUUAUAAUCUAUAUACUAUACUAUACUGUAAUUUUUUAUAGCUAUACUAGCUCAAUUAUUGUGAAUAUAAACAUAAUUUUUAGCUUAC